AUGUGUACAUGUACAGCUACGGCCUCGCUCCCUUCGCCGGCCCCAUCCACGGAUGUCCGCCAAGCCCAAAUCCCGGGUGCACCUCGAAUUGGAAUUCUAGGGCCCAAUGCACCUAUUUUACCGCAAGGGGAUCUGGGGCGGGCUUACGAUAGAGCUAUAGUGAGUGCGCUGGGGUGGGCGCUAGAUGAUCUUCUGGAUGCUUUGAGUGUGAAGCACCUCAAUCUAGAUGCCGAAACGCAACACACACUGGACGUAUUCAACACGCACGCCCAGGCCCAAGUCAAGACAGUGGUGGACUCACAUAGGCACAUCACAUCCAUCACAGUAAGAGACGGGAUUGCAGGGUUUAGAAACACUUGA